AUGGAUACGGCUCAAUGGACAGAGCAGCAUGAGCACAAAGCUCUUAAAGCUCAUGCUCUUAAACUCACAGAUUUGCGAGUAUCAGUUGAAGAGCAGGAAGAGACUGUGGUGAAGAUUCAAGCAGAUUUUUCCAUCUAUCGGGCCACUCAUGUUCACUCCGAUGCAGACUAUGAAUCUGGGUUUUCACGAAUUCAGGAGCUGGAACACGCACUGUUCCAGUCACUGGAGCGCUACGGUCAGAGUGCCAAGGAGCUGCAGGCAUGCCAGCUAGAGUUAGAGCGGCACAGAUACGACAGUACAGCAGAGGUUCAGCAACUGCAGGAACAGGUAAGGCAGCUCCAGGCGGAUGCAGCGUGUGAGGGCCAGAGACGAGAAGUUGUGGAGUCUCUGAGGCAUAGGGUAGCCAAUCUAGAAGAAGAACUGCAGGCAGCUCAAAGGCAGUGUGCACAGAAAAAACAGGCUAUCGAGAAGAGAGACGCCCUGCUGAGACAGUCCGAGGCGGAUCUUCUGCAAGCACGAGAAAAGAUCCGAAGCAGGGUGGCGGAGGCAGAGAGACAGGCCCUCUCUGCUAAAGGCCUGGAAACUGAUUUGCAGAAAGCAAAGAAAGAGAGAAGGCAGAGAGAAAAAGAGUGUGCGUCUCUCAAAGCACAGCUGUUGCAGCUCAGAGAAGAACUGAAAGAGGCUCAAACCAACUGCAGGGACACGGGCCAAGAGCUGGCCCGGCAGCAGGAGAAGGCGCAGUUGUUGGAGGGAGGUCAGCGUCUUGCUCAGGAGCAGCUCUCUGAGCGUGUGGCAGAGGUGGUGCGGUCAGAGAAAGCUCAGAGGAGACUUCAGGCAGAGCUCAAGAGACUAACAGACAAACUGGAGAACACCGAACGGGAGCUCCAGGACUCACGAAGGCCUGUGGAGCGUGUGAAGGCAGAGGCCAUCAGCAACAGACAGGAACUGCUCAACGCUCAGCAGGAGAAACAGCAGAUCCAGGAUGAGCUGACCAGCAGCAGAGAGACUCUCUCAGAACUGCAGACUAAGUGGAAAGAUGCCAGUCAGGCAGGCACUGCAGGCAGAGCUGGCACAGGAACAGGCCAGGCAACGAAAGCACUGAAUGAACAGGAGAGACUUAUGAGCACACUUCAGGAACACAUUUAUGAGCUGCAGUACGCUACCAACAGGCUGCGGGAGGAAGACGCAGAGAGCCAGACCCAGCUGCAACUGUGCAGGAAAGACCUAGAGACCAGAGAUGCACAAGUCCAAAAACACAACCAAGAGGUGAGCACUCUGCAGGCCACAGUGUCUAGACUGAGGCUGGAUCUGGAGGAGGAGAGGGAGAGGGGGCGACAGUCUGUACGAGAGGCAGGCAAGGCAGAGCAGAGAGUGAGAGAGCUGAGACUGGAGCUCAGCACAACACAGGCCUCUCAUAAAGAGUGUAUGGAGCUGCUGACCGAGCACAGUCGAGAGGUGGCAGCCCAGAGGAGUGAGCAGGCCCGUCUGCAGCAGUGCCUGAUCCAACUGGCAGAGGAGAGAGCUUCUCAAGAGGAGAGAGCCAAACAGAUGAAUGUAGAUCUACAGAGAGUGCAUUGUGAGAGCAGGUGCUCUCAAGAAGAGGCUCGGGCAUCUGAGGUGUUGCUGACGGAGCUGCAUACACAGCUAGCACGCUCACAGCAUUGGGCACAGCAGCAGAUGGCAGCUCUGCAGUCCAGAGAAGAGGAGGUACUCUUGCUGAAGAUUGAGUUGGCUUCUCUUAGAGAAAACUACCAGGCUAAAGUAACUCAGGUUGAGACUCUGUACUCACAGAUGAACGCUGUAGACCAGAAAUACAGUGCAGCUGUGUGUGAAGUGGAUGUUUUGAGGCAGUGCUUAGGUGACGCACGGAGUGACAGCUCUCGCCUGCACAGGGAAAGUGAGCUAGUCGUGACCAAUGUGAACCAAUGGGUGAAGGAGCAAAAGAACACUAAUGAGAAUCUGGCACUCAAGAUCAAAGACCAGAGCAGGACGAUCAUCCACCUGACAGCUGACAGAGAUCACCUUCAGGAGAAUGUAAAGAGUCUACAGGGGGAAAUCAGGAAGCUGAAAGCUGAGCUGGAAAUGGAGGGAAUGGAAGCAGAAAGACUAAUGUGAACAGUCAAAGAGCCAGAUUAAGAAGAAGAAAGCACUUCCUGACCAACUGCAGCUUAAGUGUGUGCCUGCCUCUGCAAGUGCCUGUUGCAGGAUCUUCCUGUAUUUCAUAGAGUGCCUUGAAACCUUUGGAGAGAAGGUCACUAAAAAGACUCGUCUGUUGCUACAGAACUUUUUUACACACCUUAUGUCCAAAACCAAACAAUAUCUUGGAUCUUUUCUCAAUUUCUCAGUAUGUUUACAGUACAUGCACAAUUACAAUAGAGCUAUUAAAGCUACAGUCUUCAUCUGUCUGUCCAAGU